AUGUUCCAGUUUCCGCUUCCGUCGCUGAAGUCGUUCAAGCUCUUCUCGUGGGAGAAGCAGGCUAUCGAUAUCCCGUCGGUCAAGACGCAUGAUCUUGAGAGCGCACAGGAGAAGUCCGCGAGGUCGUUGAAGCAUCUGCUUAAGCUCAACCAUGCGAAUCAUGCAAUCCUCUAUAACGAGCGGAAGUUCCAUAAUCAUGCGCCCCAUCUUCUCAGCGCGGCGUUCUUGCAGGGCGCUGAUGCGGAUGAUUUGACUCGGCUUUUUGAGAGUGAAUCUAAGAUCCUGGAGGCGUGGAAGGAUUCUCCCGCUGAAGUCACGAAUUACGAUUGGAGGGAUCAUCUGGGGCGGCGAGAGUAUGAAAAAGCCUUUGUGGACUUCUUCGAAGAUGAGAUGGUUCGGCUUGGGUAUGACUGGAAGAAGGUCGUCGAGAAAUACCUCUUCCAAGACAAAAAGCCCGUGUUCAACUCAAUUAUAGCCGACUGUAUUGGGCCACCCCUAAUUCACCUCGCCUACGCCUACGAAAUCGACAGCCGCGAAGUUGCAAUGGAAGCACUGGGACUCGCAUCAACCUGCUACAAUAAUAUCCACAGCUACCUAGACGACCCAGUCCCUAAUCACAUCGAAGCAUCCUGCCACUCAACAUCACUCUUCGAAAUUCUCGACAAAGUCCGCAGCGAAAAGGCACUAGACGGACUCUUCGUCACACCAGGAAACCACAACAUUGAAAAGCUAUUCAGCGAACGUGAAGCUGUCCUCCUGAACUACUGGAACGCAUGGCAACUCGAAAAUCCCAUCGAGCAGUUCCGCGAGAGCCAAGAACUUGCCGCCGCGCUCCUCGUCGCGACACAUGCGGACUCCGCCAAACAAUACGAUUUCUUCUUCGUGCACGUCAUGACGACCAGCCACGCGGUUCGCGUCUUGCUGCCACUCAUCCCGGCAAAGUUCCAGGUCCCGCUAGUCCGACAAUGGUGGUUGGUGACGCUGGCUAUCUUCAUUGCGCAGCUGCGGCCUGAGAUUCCAUUAGACCGUUUUCGAAAUUUCGAUCUGAAGGAGAGAGAUUGGAGUUGGACUGCUGAGCAGGCUGUUAAGGGGGAGUAUGCCACCGAGGCGCAUUAUGUUAAGGCGCUUUGGUCUUUGCGGCAGAUGGCGCUGACGUGGGGUGAUCAUGAUAAUUUCUAUUUGAAAGCUGCUGUGAAGUUUGCAGAGGAAUUUAGUGGAUGGGGUGGAUUUGUUUGA